AUGGGUCGUCCAAGGAUCCAGUUCUCGCCGUUCAAGUACCCGAACCUGCGCAAGUCCGACUCGGCAGGGACGCCUGAUCUGGGAGACUCGCCUCCGAGCUCGGGGACUUUUUCUGUUUCGAAAGCUCCGCUCAAAUUGCAAGGGACCGGGCCGUUGCACGCUGGCACGCCUGUUCGCAAGGAAUUGGUGGCCGACCUGGACGACGACGUCCGGCUGGACGGGUCCGACAGCGACGCGGGCAGUUACAACUAUGACGAGUAUAAUUCGAGCGUGAUGUCGCCGGUGAAGCUGCCAGAGACUCCUCCGCAGCACGAGGACGGGCUGGAGCUGCAGCGGGUGGAGGAGCCGAUCGUGGACAUCAGCAGCGAGUUCGAGGACUCGGAGGACGAGCGGGGGAAGGAGAAGGUGGAGAGUUUGUUGGUGGAGGAGUCGGUCAAGGACGAUGUGGACGCAGAGGCGACGAUUCUGCGAGUGACCGAUUUCGUGGAGAAAAGACGCCGCGAAAAGGCGGAGAACCCGUCCGUGGAGCCCGAGCAGGCGGCAUCAGAGCAGUUCAAGAUACAGGAACACACAGAGCCAGAAAGGACGGAGCCAAGCGAGUCAGAACAGUCAGAACAGUUGAAACAGUCACCGCGGCCAAUCGAGCCAAGCCAGCCGAAUGAACCCGACCUGUCCCACGAGUGGACGGAGCGAUGGUCCAAGAAGCAAUGGGCGCAUCUGUCACGGUAUCUGCGUCUGUAUCGGGCAACCAAAAACAAAAAGUUACUGGCUCCUGAAAAACUCGAAAGAGAGUUCCAUUGCACGGCAGAAGAGGUCUACGAUGGUAUCAUUGUUAUAUUUAGAGCUCCUAAACUAUCAAUUCUGGUCGGUUAUGUAGGGAAUGUUGAUUCUAACUCUGUGACUGUACGGCAACUUUGGGAUCACAACACACAAACAAGCCACCAGGUUGACCACAAACAGAUUGAUAUCGUAAUUGGAGUAGUGAGUGGAGAUUAA